CACGGAAGCCAGAAUCACCUUGGGUUCGGGCGCCGAGAUGGCGUCCUCCGCCUCCGCUCGCACUCCGGCAGGGAAGCGAGUGGUGAAUCAGGACGAACUGCGGCGGUUGAUGAAGGAGAAGCAGCGUCUGAGCACCAAUCGGAAACGGAUAGAAUCUCCAUUUGCGAAGUACAACCGUUUGGGGCAGCUGAGCUGUGCCCUGUGUAACACCCCGGUGAAGAGCGAGCUCCUGUGGCAGACUCACGUCCUGGGAAAGCAGCACCGUGAGAAAGUGGCCGAGCUAAAGGGCGCGAAGGAAGCCACCCAGAGUCCGUCCUCCAACGCAGUGCCUCAGUCAGCCAAGAGGAAGGCGCCGGAUGCGGAUGGCCAGGAUGCCAAAAGACCCAAGGCCUCUCCGCUGCCGCAGGUACAGCCCUCCACAUCCGCUUUGCCCACCAACUUUGACAGAGCAGGGAAGGAGUCCGCCAGAGCGACUCUCAGUAAGGCUUCGGGACUCGGUUUACUCCCUGAUUAUGAAGAUGAGGAAGAGGAGGAGGAGGAGGAAGAGGGAAGAGAAGGGAAAAGAGGGGACACUAGCAAGCAGCCGCCCGACGCACAGGGCAAGGAACACUCGCUUUCCUCCUCGAGAGAGGCAACAAGUGGUAUGCUGCCAAGCGGUUUCUCAGAUACAAAUCCUCCCAAGGCCCCUUUAAUUCCUCAUUCAGGGUCAAUUGAGAAAGCAGAAAUACAUGAAAAAGUCGUGGAAAGGAGAGAAAACACAGCGGAGGCAUUACCGGAAGGCUUUUUUGACGACCCUGAGAUAGAUGCUCGGGUACGAAAGGUUGAUGCCCCAAAGGAUCAGAUGGACAAAGAGUGGGACGAAUUUCAAAAGGCCAUGAGACAGGUCAAUACCAUUUCCGAAGCCAUAGUUGCCGAAGAGGAUGAGGAGGGACGGUUGGACAGGCAAAUUGGGGAAAUCGAUGAGCAGAUAGAAUGUUACCGUCGGGUGGAAAAGCUUCGGAAUCGUCAGGAUGAAAUAAAACAUAAGCUUAAAGAGGUUCUGACUAUAAAAGAACUUCAGAAAAAGGAAGAGGAGAAUGUUGACAGCGAUGAUGAGGGAGAACUACAAGAUUUGUUGUCUCAGGAUUGGAGGGUAAAAGGGGCUUUGUUAUAGGGUUUCAAAGACCCGAGAUUUUCAUACCCUCUACAAUGGUACCAAAAGUGCUGUCUCUGGAUAGGAUACUGGUUACUUCAUGCCCUGAUCUUUGAUAACCUAACUGGGUUGUUGAGAUACUAUGAGCCUGUGAAGAUAGCACUUUUGAAAAUUGGUGUAAAAUGUUUUUGAGGUAAAGUUGUUUUUGAAAUUUUUGAACUAUUACAUACGAAAAUGUCAACUUUUUCACACAUUUACUUAAGUGUAUAAUUUUGAAUUGUCAAAUCUGUAAGCUGUAAAUAUUAUAUAUAGUUAAAUAUAUAUUUACUUAAGUAAUUCUGUUUUGAAAUUUAUAAAUAAGUAGAAGUCAAGCCAACAGACAAGCUUUUAGACGAAAACCAAGUGUGGUAUUUGGGAUAUAUGUGACUUUUUCUUUUCUAAUCCCCUAAAUCAACUCAAGAGUGUUUUGCAGGAAGGUGGGGGACAGGGGUUGUUUUUAAAUACUAUUCAUAAACACAUAAGUCAUUCAGGGCAAAUCAGUUCUCUGAGUAUUCUGUUUCUGUUUUAAAAACAUGCACUAGGAGCACAUGGUGAUAUAUCCCAAAUAUUUCUCUUGAUUAAACCAGUGAUUCUUGGAUGUAGGUGCACAUGGAAAGCACCAGGCUUUUGAAAAGGUGCAUACGAAUCACUUUGAAGCCUUUCAAAAACUCGUGUGCCCAAGGCCUACCAUUAGAGAUUAAAUAAAUCGGGAGCGGGGCCCAGGCAUCAGUUUAGUUUUGAAAGCUUCCCAGGUUAUUCUGAUACAUGCCAAAGUUGGAGAGCUAUGUGGCCCUAAAUCCAGAACCCAUUUAUGUUUUUUCAGGCUUUGUUUUUUUCAAAUACCAUGUUCCAUAAGUUUACUGUCUAUUGUAUAAAAGAAAUACUACUUUAUAUUUAGAUUUCAUCCAGUCUUAAAUUUUAUUACAUUUCAUAGUAAAUUAGGGUUCAGAGUUUCUGUCCAUUGUUGGGAGGAUAAGUUGUUUUCUCAAGGAGUAACAAUUAGCUUGUUCCAGUCA